AUGCCCAAGCAAACGGACAACAACGGAGAGGAGGGGCAGGACCGACGUGGUGGAAGGGGCAGAAGAGGCGGAAAUCGCGGCCGAUUGGGUCCCGCCAGGCGCGGUGCCGGCGCCAUCACCAAGGAUGGAGAGCCGCCCAAGAAGAAGGUCCGCACGGCUGACCUCAUCCGCAGCACGCAGCGCCUCCUCCGAAACAAGAAAGAUAUGCCGGAGGAGCAGCGGAAGGCAAAGGAGGCCGAGUUGGAGCGGCUCAUCAAGCAGCGCCAGGUCGAGCUCCAGGAGAAGAAGAAUGACCAGUAUCAGCGCAAGUACAAGAUGAUCAAGUUCUUUGAGAAGCAGAAGCUGGACCGACAGCAGAAGACGCUCCAGAAGAAGCUCCUCGCCGCGACCACCGAUGAGGAGAAGACCACUCUGCAGCAGCAGCUCGACAAAAUCGCCGACGAUCUGCUCUACGUCACUUAUUUCCCGCGCAACGAGAAGUACAUCUCGAUCGUGAAGGAAAUGACCGACCCCAAGGUGCUCGAGAAGCGGAACGAGAUCAAGAAGCGGGUGCAGGCCUACGUCCAGGAGAAGAAGGACAAGGGCGAGGCUCUCACCGAGGAAAGCGAAGCCGAGGGCGAGCUCGAGGGCGCAGAACAGACCGAAGCCGCCGCAGAAGCGGAGAACGAAGAGAAAGAAGAGGAGGAGGUGGAUGAGGCCGCCACGACGAAAAAGAAUGAAGACGAGGCCACUGCCGAGAACGGCGAAGAGGAGCAAGAGAACGAAGACGAAGACGACUUCUUUGUGGAAGAGAAGGCGACGGAGGUGAAGAAGACCGAUGCCAAGCCAGCCACGCCCGCCAAGGCCGCUGAGGCCAAGCCCGCCGCCAAGGCCAAGCCCGCCACUCCAGCUAAGGCCGAGGCCAAGCCCUCUACCACCCCGGCCAAGGCCAAGCCUGCCACUCCUGCCAAGGCCAAGCCGGCCACUCCGGCCAAGCCCGAGACUCCCGCCGCUAAGACUGUGACAACAACACCAGCGAAGCCUUCGCCGGAGGCUGCCACGGCCCCCAGCACGCCAACGGUGUCGACGACGACCGCCACCACCACUCCCACUGCGGCUACCGCUGGCGAAGCUCAACUGACGUCGGCGCAAAAGAAGCGGCUGAGGAAGAAGCGAAAGUCGGGCCAAAUUGAGGGAGCCAAGGAGGAGACCACCGCCACGACUGCGACGACGACGACGACGACAACAAAGACGACGAACACGGCCGCCGCCGCAGUUGCACCUGCGACCCUCAAGGCCAAUGCCAUCCAGCAGGCCAAGGCCGACCUUGCGCCGCAGGCCGAGGCGGAAACGGUCUCGGAGACCACCACGCAGGAGGCCAAGGCCACCACCCCCGCCAAGAAGAGGAGGCGAAGCCGCGGCAAGACUGCCGCUAAUCCUGCCGCCGCCGCCGCCGCGGCCGAUGCCAACAAGAUGGACGUCGUGCCGACCAAGGAGCCCGCGUCCAGCCCGGCCCAACCUACGAAGAAGGCAACGGCCAGCCCCGCGAAGAAGCAGGCGCCGAGCCCGGCUGCUGCCAAGAAGGGGACGGCCAGCCCCGCGGCCAACAACAAGCGAAAGGCCGCGGCUGCCGCGCAGCCCGUGAAGGCCGCUCCCGCUCUUCCCGCCGCGCCCGCCGAGGAUGACACUGAUGAGGUUACAGAGGUGCCCUCGCGCAAGAAGAAGAGAAGCGGUGGAGAGUUCGACCCGAAGGUGGCCAAGAAUCUGGCCAGCCGGCAGCAGGCCGCCGAAGCUGCCGCGCCGCUACCGGAGAAGAGCCACACCAAGUUCCAGUGA